AUGGGGGGCGACAUGCCGUGGCCUCAAGUGCCUGUGGGCAACAAAGAUCACACCGAGGCAGCCGUGGUUAUCAUUGGCGCCGGCAUCUCUGGCUUGUGUACAGCAAUCGACUUGAUCAAGAGGAACAAUUGCAGAAACUUCAUCAUUCUGGAAAAGAGUGGAGGUCUCGGGGGUACAUGGCGCGAUAACAAGUACCCGGGAUGCUGUUGUGAUGUAUGGUCGCACCUGUACAGUUUCUCUUUCGAGCAGAACCCGGAGUGGACGAGAGAGUAUCCUGGCCAAGAGGAAAUUUUGCAGUACCUUAUGGGAGUGGCCCAAAAAUACGAGCUAUACCGCUAUGUUCGCUUCAACACCGCUGUUGAAUCUGCGAAGUGGGACGACGCGGAGAAGAAGUGGAAGACAAAGGUAUCCGUGCAAGGCGCCAAAGAUGCAGAGUUUGGAAGCACAUACACAAUCACUUCAGACUUCCUCGUCUCCGCUGUUGGCCAAUUAAACGUGCCAAAGAUGCCUGAUAUUCCAGGCGUGGAUGAGUUUCGGGGGAAGAUGAUGCACAGUGCUCGUUGGGACUGGAGCUACGACAUACGAGGCAAGAAAGUCGCAAUCAUCGGCAAUGGAGCGACAGCUGCGCAAAUCAUACCUGAAAUUGCGAAAGAAGUUGGGCAUCUCACCAUUCACCAAAGGACACCAAAUUGGGUCAUUCCCCGUCUUGACUCUUCCAUUCCUCCUUGGAAACGGAAUCUGUACAAGUACAUGCCCUUGAUCCGACAUCGCAAACGUGCCGACAUGAUGGACUACCGGGAAAGCUUCCAUGCCGCCGUCUUCGACAACGCUUCCGCGACCGCGCAAUUCAUGGAGAAAGUGAGCAAAGAUCACAUGCGCGCACAACUCCCUGAUCGUCCUGAUUUGUGGGAGAAGCUGGAGCCAAAGUACUCGAUUGGAUGCAAGCGUGUCAUCAUCAGCGACGACUACUUCCCCGUGUUCCUUCGUGACAAUGUCCGGUUGGAAACGGGCAAGAUUGACAAGAUCACUGAGAAGGGCAUUGUUACUGAUGGCAAAGAGGAAGAGUACGAUGUCAUUGUGCUGGCCACAGGCUUUCGCACGGUGGAAUUCAUGCACCCUAUCGACAUCACUGGCAGCGCCGGCCGGACCCUCUCAAGCAUUUGGAAAGAAGGCGGGCAGGCACUUUACGGUGUCACCGUCGAGAGCUUGCCCAACUUCGGCAUGCUCUACGGACCGAACACGAACCUUGGUCACAACAGCAUUAUCCUGAUGAUCGAGGCGCAGAGCAAAUACAUCAAUGCCCUCAUCAAAGAAGUCAUCGAAGCCCGACGAAAGGGCCGCACCUUGGUGAUUCAGCCCAAGGUCAAGAGGAUUCAAGAAUUCAAUGACGAGAUUCAAUCGGAGCUGGAGAGAAGCAGUUUCGCCGAUCCCAACUGCAACAGCUGGUACAAAGUCAAAGAAAGCGGCAAGAUCACCAAUAACUGGAGCCGGACGGUGGUCGACUAUCAAAAGCUACUGAGUAGUGUGGACUGGUCAGACUAUGAUCUCUCCGGCAGCAGCGCAGAGAAGCUCGCCGGGCAAAAGCCGACGUACAUCGGGCGCGUCGUGGAAGAGUCGCAGGUUAGCUACAAGACCAUGGGCCUGGCUGCCCUGAGCUUUGCGGCUGUGGGUAUCGCCGCUGCUCUCCGACAGAAACAGGCGGGUAGACUGCGGUUUGGCUGA